UUAUCAUCGAGGUCGGUCGUAAGGCCGGUCGCAUCGUAAGACAGAUAUUUAAGAUUUUUUCUGCGACUACGGCUGAACCGUUUUAUGAACACGGGCGUACGUCUUCGGUCGCAGCUAAGACUGUUUUCCGUCGUACGACCUAAAAAACAGUGAUGCAGUCUGAAAUGUAAACAUCCGGGUCACGUGACUUAUGUCAAAAAUCGUCUGUAUCUAAUGACAAGAUGUCCGCUACAAAAGUAAAAACAAGCAGAAAGAGUAACUGGCAAGUAAAUGAAGUCAGCGUCCUUGUCGACGGAUGCACAGACAAUGUGUCUACCAUUUAUGGUAGGCACGGAGACACAAGUGAAAAGGAAAAGGGGCAGUUCUGGAGGGAUAUUUGUGAAAGAAUUAACAGUAUUGGAGGGUCAGACAGGUCGGUAGAGGAGGUGAUGAAAAAAUGGAAGGAUUUGAAGAGUCAGACAAAGAAGAAGGAGCAGAUCAGGAGGAAGGAAAUGGGGAAGACAGGUGGAGGUGGGGCAGUGAAUUCAUUGAGAGAUUGGGAAGAGAAGAUAAUAUCAGUAAUACCUUCUGCCGUAAUAGAUGGACUCAAUGAUGGACAGGACAUUUUCAAAAAGAAUGCUGAAGGUGUCAAGGAAACACGUGUGCAACCAAGUACGAGUGAGACCGUUGUGCAGGUGGAGGGGGAGGAGACAGUGGUAAUCCACCCAAGUACUAUUCAUGUACAGGUUGAAAGCAGAAAAGAAGUUGUAGAUGAAGUGAGAGACAGCAAGAAGAGGAAAAGGUAUUUUUACUUUUUAACAAACUAUCAGUGACUUCGAGUGGUUUAUCGUCUAAUUUACCACAGUUAACUAAUGAAGCAUCUGAACUCUAAACCUUGGUAAAUGAGAGGAUAAAUCACAAGAAGGCCUUGAUUAUUUUCAUUCUGACAUGCUCAUUGACAUACCUUAAUAAAUAUUAUGCUGGACUUUAUUUUACUGCGGAGAAAUGUAAUAUAGACGUCAUGUGGCAAUUUGACAUCAUAAUUGAUGUCAUAAUGUUCUCUUACGGGUCUGUGCAUAUGGACCUUGUAUGUAAAAUAGAUAAAACUAGAGUUGUCACAGGAGUGACGAAUUAUACUCCCACAAUAUGACAUUGUCACAGAACUAAGCGGUUUUUAGGCCGAACUUGCUUGACCUUUGACCUACUGACCACAAAAUCAUUAGAGGUCAUCUGCUAUUUAUGAUCAACCUCCCUAUAAAGUUUCAUGAUCCUCCGCCCAAGCGUUCUCAAGUUAUUGUCCAUAACAGGUUUAA